AUGAUAAAGAGGUUAUUAACUACAAACAGUAAUAAAUUCAUUCAAUCAUCAUCAUCACAAUCACAAUCAUUAUUUAGAUUAAAUAAUAACAACAAUAACUUAUAUCAAUACAAAUCAACAUCGACAUUAACAGUCAACAACAAUAAUAGUAAUAUUAACAAUAUAUCAUAUAUCAUCAGAAGAAUGUCAACUGAACAAAAGAUCGAAAAGGUAGUCAUCGUUGGAAGUGGUCCAGCUGGUCACACUGCUGCUAUUUAUACUGGAAGAGCAAGAUUAGAACCAAUCAUGUUUGAAGGAUUUAUGGCAGGAGGAGUUGCAGCAGGAGGACAAUUGACAACAACUACAGAGAUUGAAAAUUUCCCAGGAUUUGCUCAACAAAUCUCUGGACCCGAGUUGAUGGACAGAAUGAGAGAGCAAAGUGUACACUGUGGUACUCGUAUCGAGACCAAGAACGUCUUGAGAAUGGAUCUUAGUAAGCGACCAUUCACAUUAUACAUUGAGGACGAAGAGGACAAGCCCGUCCUUGCCGAGACUGUUAUUAUCGCUACUGGUGCCACCGCUAAAAAGAUGGGUGUCCCAGGCGAAGAAGAAUACUGGAGCAGAGGUAUCUCUGCCUGCGCCGUCUGCGAUGGUGCCCUUCCAAUCUACCGUAACAAGCAUUUGGUUGUCGUCGGUGGUGGAGACACUGCCUGCGAAGAGGCCACCUUUUUAACACAUUUUGCUAGCAAGGUUAGUUUGUUGGUGCGUCGUGAUGAAAUGCGUGCAUCAAAGGCCAUGCAACAACGUGUCCUUGCUAACCCAAAGAUCACCAUCGUCUGGAACACCGAGUUGGUAAGUGCCCGUGGUGAUGGCAAGCUCUUGACCCACGUCACUGUCCAAACCAAGGGCAAGGAACCAGAAGAACUCGCUGCUCAAGGUCUCUUUUACGCUAUUGGUCAUGUUCCAAACACUGCUUUCCUCAACAACCAAAUCACACUCGACGAAACCGGUUACAUCAUCACUCAAGGUCACUCGACCAAGACAAACAUUGAAGGUGUCUUUGCCUGUGGUGAUGUUCAAGAUAAGAUCUAUCGUCAAGCUAUCACUGCUGCCGGUACUGGUUGUAUGGCUGCUCUUGAAGCUGAACGUUUCUUAUCUGAACAACAUUAA